AUCGCCGACAUGGAGAUUAGCAAAACGACGAUCGGAAUAGCGGCCGGUGUGGCGGGAACAUUGUUCCUCGGUUACUGCAUCUACUUUGACCACAAGCGCCGCAAAGAUCCGGACUUCAAGAAGAAACUGCGGGAGAGGAGGAAAGCUAAAAAGCAGCAUCCGCCGCCUCUGGAGGUCCAAGGUCAACCAUGCCGAACAUGGCAGAUCACGAGGAAGUGCAAAGAUUUUUCUUACAGGAAAUCCAAAUGGGAGAGGCCCUUAUCUCGUCCGGUGACAUUGAGAACGGUGUGGAACAUCUGGCCAACGCGGUGAUUGUAUGUGGCCAACCAGCACAGCUUUUACAAGUCCUCCAGCAAACUCUGCCAUCCCAAGUGUUCACAAUGCUGAUCAAUCGCAUGCGACAGUACGGCAACCAAAGCGCAGACAGCGACCGGGCCAAGCUGCAGGACAUGAACGACGAUCUGGAAUAGUUUGCGCGUAACUGUUUCCGCUGAUCGGAGAUCGACUUGGGGAUACCAAAAAGAAGAAAAUCAAGUAGUAGGAACUAUCCGGCAGUCGCAGUCAGUCGCACAUGCAGUUUGAACAGAUCCAAUACCUUAGCCAGACGAGCAGCAGAACCGUGCUUUAGAACAAAUACCUAACCCAUUUGGAAUGAGAAUUAUAAGGGGCGAUCGCCAUUUCGCUGUUAAUGAAAAAA